CGACAAAUUUGGUUGUGCAAGCGAGACAGCCUCUUGCGACAGUCCCAAGCAAACCUCGAUUCUGCAGCUCCCGUCUCAAUCCGAUUGUAAUUACUGUAAAGACUUUAACGUAUUUCAUCGAGCACUUUUCUAGACAACUAGCCGCCUUCCUUAAAUGUCUUGAGACUUGCGACGCUCCGCGAUAGUUUCCAGCACUGCUCAAAUGCUCUGCCACACGCCGGUCAUCGUAACCCGUCCCCAUACCGGAGCUUGCGGGACGGUCCUUCGUCCACCAGCAUUUCGGCCUCGCGAUGUGACAUUGGCGAGCGCGGCUUCCACUUCGGCCGGCCCUGCCACAGUGCCUCACUUUCCUACUACAUCGACGAGUGGCAACGGUAUAACUGCCGCAUCAACCGCGGCUCCUGCAGGCGGGCCUGUGGCGGAAGUCAACCUCGGUUACUGGGAGCUGCUGAACACCGCGGAAAGUGGAGAGGUGUUCAGUCAACGAGCUAGAUCGGCGAGUGAUGCUGCCGUACUUCGUCGAAAAGGUCAUCUCAAGGAGCAGGAUCGCUUGAUUGACUUCAUGCGCCGCAUGCAUGAGACGCACACCUGCGAGGAGGUGAUGCUGAAGAUGGAGCGAUGGAUUGCUGAGCAUCGGCAGGAUCCCAAGCGCUCGCGUCUUCGACGUCUCAUACCGGGUAUCGGAAUCUUCUUUACUCCGCUGAAGCUGGUAGAGGCGUUUCGGGAGUACGACGCGUUCUUUGCGUUAUCGCGCCGCAAAUACAUUCCGCCUAACUUCGCUGAGCUUCGUCACGUGGUUAACAUUUCGCAGGUUCAUGCAAGCGCCGACACGCUGAAGCUCAUCACCUUCGACGCGGACGGCACUCUGUAUGCAGAUGGAGCACACAUGGAACAGGAUAAUCAAAUGAUUGCGCAUAUCAUCAACCUCAUGCGAAGCAACGUACAGGUUGCCAUCGUAACAGCUGCGGGGUACCCCGGCGAGCCGGAGAAGUUCGAGAAGCGCGUGAUGGGGCUGCUGGAGGCGUUCAGGAAACUAAAACUGCCGCCCGAGGUGACUAACAGGUUCCACAUCAUGGGGGGUGAGUGCAAUUACUUGCUGCGAGUACGGCCGUACGACAAGCGCCUGGAGUUCGUACCGGACAACGAGUGGAAGACCCCCAUCAUGCAAAGUUGGCGGGAGGAGGACAUCACCGCGCUGCUGGACGAGGGAGAGGCCAUGCUGCAGGCAAGGCGGCUUCCGGAGCAGUGGACGAAAAUAAUAUAA